AUGCUGCUUUGGAUUGUUCUGCUGAAUGCGGCUCUUUGUGUUGCGAGUGGAAAUGUUACAAGGGACGUUUGUAAGGAGCAGAUAUGCUCUUGCAACGAGAUAGAGGGAGAUCUGCACAUAGACUGCGAAAAACGGAGCUUCACCACUCUGCAGCAUUUGACUGGCCCGAGUUCGCAGUUUUAUCACUUGCUGUUGCACGGGAAUUCUCUAUCCAGGCUAUUUCCCAACGAGUUCGCCAACUUUUACAAUGCUGUGAGCCUGCAUUUGGAAAACAAUGGUUUGCACGACAUUGUCCCCGGCGCCUUUCUGGGAUUGCAGCUGGUGAAAAGGCUGCACAUCAACAACAAUAAGAUAAGAUCAUUCAGGAAGAGUACAUUUCUGGGGUUAGACGACUUGGAAUAUCUCCAAGCUGAUUUUAAUCUAUUGAGGGAUAUUGACCCCGCAGUUUUCAGGGACCUAAAUAAACUUGAAGUGUUAAUACUUAACGACAACCUCAUCAGUGCGCUACCUAUGAACGUGUUUCAACAUGUGCCCAUUACGCAUCUCGACCUGCGGGGAAACCGAAUCAAAACGUUGCCUUAUGAGGGGAUCCUUGAACAGAUACCGGGCAUUGCGGAGGUUCUGUUGGAGGACAACCCUUGGGACUGUAACUGCGACCUGGUUUCCCUUAAGGAAUGGCUGGAGAACAUACCGCGUAACGCGCUUAUUGGGAGGAUGAUAUGCGAGGCUCCCACCAGGCUGCAAGGGAGCGACUUAAACGAGACGUCAGAAGCAGAGCUGUGCCCUUCACAGAGCGGCAGCGUGGACACCAGCCUGGUCGCCCCUCCCACUCAGGAGGAGACUUCUGAGACCGCUGCCCAUGGCCCACGUCCCACGCCUUACAAGCCCAAUAGAGACACCAGCGGGCCCCCGACGCCCGGCGGCCACGGCCCCAAGAGCCGCUCCAAAUCUCGUGAGAACUGGCAGCUGAAAACUAGGCCCACUCCAUUGUUGACAGGUGUGAACGGGGAUAGAGAGCAGCUGCACAACAUGACGUGCCCCCAGCCUUGCAACUGUGAGCUGGUCGGCUCCAGACAAGGGCUGGGGGUCAAAUGCGAAGGCAAAAAGAUUGAGAGCUUAUCCAGCCUCAAACCUAAGCCCUUGGCCGCUCACGAAUUGAACAUGAGAGAUAACAACAUACACGCAGUGAAAAAGAACCACCUGCUUGGCUACUCCAGCCUCAACCUGCUCGAUCUGGGUGGGAACAACAUCAAGGUGAUUGACAACAGCACUUUCCAAAACCAGAGCGAGCUGAGAUGGCUGUAUAUGGAUAAGAACUAUCUGGAUGCGCUGAUAGCAGAGAUGUUUGUGGGCCUUGUGAAUCUGGAAUAUCUCAGUUUGGAAUACAACGACAUCCAGCUGAUAGUGGCAGGUGCAUUCAGCCCCAUGCCAAAUCUGAGGGUUCUAUUCCUCAAUAACAACUUGCUGAAAUCUUUACCCGUGGAUUCUUUCCUUGGGAUUUCUUUAUCCAAAAUUAGUCUGCAUAAUAAUUAUUUCCCAUAUCUCCCUGUGGCUGGAGUGUUAGAUCAGCUCAAUUCAAUCAUACAGAUCGAUUUGCACGGGAAUCCGUGGGAUUGCUCGUGCAACAUCGUGCCCUUCAAGCAGUGGACGGAGAAACUCGGGGCAGAUGUGAUAGUGAGUGAUCUCAAGUGUGAGUCCCCUGAAGAGUUUUGGAAACGAGAUUUCCGCUACGUCCGGAACGACCUCAUGUGCCCCAAACUCUAUGACAAAGUCUCCCCCACACCACUGUCCAAAAACAGCACUUUCACCCUGGACUCGGGGACGCGCUCGAACUCUUAUUUGGAGCCGAACAGGGUCUCCAUCUCAGUGCUCGUCCCCGGGUUGCUGUUGGUGUUUGUCACGUCCGCUUUCACUGUUGUAGGAAUGCUUGUGUUUAUUUUGCGGAAUCGAAAGCGAUCAAAGCGAAGGGACGGGAACUCGUCCGCCUCGGAGAUCAAUUCCUUGCAGACAGUGUGCGACUCGUCUUAUUGGCACAGCGGCGGGCCUUAUCACGCCGACGGGGGCGCGCACAGGGGCUUCGACUGCAGCACGCACCUCUCCACGACAAAUGAUGCGUAAAGGGACUCUGCUAUUGUACAAUAAGCCCACACCAGACUGGAUUACAAACAGUCACACAGACAGACUGACGCACAUAAAUGACUGAGACGGCAAACAUCCGCUUUUGUUCGUCAGAGGCGAACACAGACUUGUUUAUGUCUUGUUUUCUCCAGUUGAACCAAGUAAGUCAGCCUGCUGCUGCACAGGCCCCACUCUGUAAUAUAUGUAUAUGCCAAGCCUCCUGACUA